CCUGGGGAGGGCUGAGAUCAACCAGAGGGCCAAGUCCAGGUGACAUCAGGGAGAGAGGGAACAGAGGUUGCCCUCUCGCUUCCCCUCAAAAUAAUAGAGCUGGCCCAACAUGAUCACCCUCUCUUUGUCAGGACUCAGGGCAAUUCAACUAAUAUUUAUUGAGCACCUAAUAUACACAAGGCCCUGGGCUAGGAGCUGCUGGGGCAUUUUGUUAUUUCUGUCCCCAACCUGAGGGCCAAGAGGGCCCCUCGGCUCCCUACUGAGCCUCCCAUCCUUGAGAAGUCCUUCUUAGGCUCAGUCUGCCUGCUGCCCACAUUCUGUUUAUUGUCUGACACUGUCUCUAGGACUCUAGAGAAGAGUCCUGGCUUGCUUUUCUCUAAUCCUCCUCCCACUCCCAUGCUAUCUGUGCCCACCCCUUUGCCGUGUCUCUGGACACCCAAGGGGUGCUGGUGUUUUUGGAAUUGAAGUCCUGUUGAUAUCUUCCCAUCCCCCCGACCUCAGCUUGGGGUUUGGCAGAGCCAGGGCCCCUUCCCCAGGGUGGAAGUGGGAGAAACCACCUGUGCUUCCCCCACAGUUGCUGGACCUAAAUUUAGACCCUGAGAUCUUGAGAUGUGAACACUCCCAGCUGGUGGAGGGGGGUGGUCUGAGGUCUGGAGUGGGAGGGACCAGUGGAGUGGCUAUAUAACUGUCCCACCCAGACCCCUGGAUCUUCAACUAAGAACCCGGGAGUCCCAGAUUCUGGCCACCUUCCCUGGGGGAGGCAGGAGGCAGGCAUGGUUGGGUCUCUUUACCCUUUAUCUGGCUCCUGCAGCCUCUGGGCAUCCGGCCCUGUCUCAGUCCUUCUAUAGCCCCUUUGUCCUGGCAGUGAUGGGGGUGGGGGAUGUUGAAGGGGAGGCCUCUGGUUGAGGAGGGCUACAGAUUCUUGUUCUGACCCAGCCUCAGUGCUCUCUACUAGAGAAGGGUCUGUGACAUUACCCUUCCCUAUGCCCCUGGUCCCUGUUUACAUCAGGGAUUUUUAUAAUUCCCCUUACCCAUCCUGCUCCCCAAGGUGCCUGGUCCCUCCCCAGAGGUAUUGCUUACAGUCCCUUCCCACCCAAGCCCUUUGCCCUGUUUGUAUAAUAUGGACUUUACCCUCAGGGUGGCAGGGAACUGGGACCUCUAACACUGUAUCUUUACAAGCAUAGAUGCAAAGUCUGCACAAACACUUAUGGGUAGGUGGGAUGAAUGGGGCCACCUGUAAGGAAACCCAAGGACAGAUCAGCAUAGAUUUAGGUGCCAGCGGUAGAGAAGUAUACAUGUUCAUAAGUGUGUAUGCAUGCAUUCACACACACACACACCACUUCCUUGUGCAGAAAUCUUGGCUCCUCCCUUAUCUGGGGAGAAGGAUUGGCGCCUUAACUUGGAAAAGGGGGUGUCCUGCCAGGAAGGGAAUCAGGGUGGGGCUGUUCCAGAAAUGACUAACUUUCCUAGUUUCUUUCAUUUCAGCCCAAGGACCCUGGAGUUCCCAAGCUCUUGGGAGUUCCAGGCCUGUUUACCCCUCUUUGCUGAGACUAGCAAACCUCUCCUCUUCAUAGGGAGUGAUAGAGAAUGGGAACCCUCAAAGGUCAAGUGGUCAGACUGAAGGGUAUAUUUAGUAGGAGGAGUUGAGAUCUCACCAAUCUCCCUCCCACAUUCCCACUUUGACUCCCACUGAGCUGCCAUUGCCUCAGGGAAGGGUGGUUGGAACAGGUGGUAUCUACUCUCUACUCCCCACCCCCUCCACCCGGAGCCUGUCUCUGAGCCAGAAGAGUGAGACUGGAGUGGGGCUUUAGGGUCCAAGAUUUCCCACAGCCCAUUGCCCUCCACAUUUACAAAGAAAAGUGAACUCCCAAGACUUGACACGCCUCAUGUGCCUCUGGUCUAGACUCUACCCUAGUGAGGUGUGUCCUGGGACUCUGAAUGGGCUGAGUGUGACUGGCGAUGCUGAGAACCAGUACCAGACACUGUACAAGCUCUAUGAGAGGUGUGAGGUGGUGAUGGGAAACCUGGAGAUUGUGCUCACAGGACACAAUGCUGACCUCUCCUUCCUGCAGUGGAUCCGAGAAGUGACAGGCUAUGUCCUCGUGGCCAUGAAUGAAUUCUCUACACUACCACUACCCAACCUCCGAGUCGUGCGGGGCACCCAAGUCUAUGAUGGGAAGUUUGCCAUCUUUGUCAUGUUGAACUAUAACACCAAUUCCAGCCAUGCUCUUCGCCAGCUCCGCUUUACUCAGCUCACUGAGAUUCUGUCAGGGGGCGUCUAUAUUGAGAAGAAUGAUAAACUUUGUCACAUGGACACGAUUGACUGGAGGGACAUCGUGAGGGACCGAUGCGCUGAGAUAGUGGUGAAGGACAAUGGCAGAAGCUGUCCCCCCUGUCAUGAGGUCUGCAAGGGGCGAUGCUGGGGUCCUGGACCAGAAGACUGCCAGACAUUGACCAAGACCAUCUGUGCCCCUCAGUGUAAUGGUCACUGCUUUGGGCCCAACCCCAAUCAGUGCUGCCAUGAUGAGUGUGCAGGGGGGUGCUCAGGCCCUCAGGACACAGACUGCUUUGCCUGUCGACACUUCAAUGACAGUGGAGCCUGUGUACCCCGGUGUCCACAGCCUCUUGUCUAUAAUAAGCUAACUUUCCAGCUGGAACCCAAUCCCCACACCAAGUACCAGUAUGGAGGAGUUUGUGUAGCCAGCUGUCCCCACAACUUUGUGGUGGAUCAAACUUCCUGUGUCAGAGCCUGUCCUCCUGACAAGAUGGAAGUAGAUAAAAAUGGGCUAAAGAUGUGUGAGCCUUGUGGGGGGCUAUGCCCUAAAGCCUGUGAGGGGACAGGUUCUGGGAGCCGCUUCCAGACUGUGGACUCAAGCAACAUCGAUGGAUUUGUGAACUGCACCAAGAUCCUGGGCAACCUGGACUUUCUUAUCACUGGCCUCAAUGGAGAUCCCUGGCACAAGAUCCCUGCCCUGGACCCUGAGAAGCUCAAUGUCUUCCGGACAGUCCGGGAGAUCACAGGUUACCUGAACAUCCAGUCUUGGCCUCCCCACAUGCACAACUUCAGUGUUUUUUCCAACCUGACCACCAUUGGAGGCAGAAGCCUCUACAACCGGGGCUUCUCGUUGCUGAUCAUGAAGAACUUGAAUGUAACAUCUCUGGGCCUCCGGUCCCUGAAGGAAAUUAGUGCCGGGCGUAUUUACAUAAGUGCCAAUCGGCAGCUGUGCUACCACCAUUCCUUGAACUGGACCAAGCUGCUUCGGGGGCCUUCGGAAGAGAGACUAGACAUCAAGCACAAUCGGCCCCGCAGAGACUGUGUGGCAGAGGGCAAAGUGUGUGACCCACUGUGCUCUUCUGGGGGAUGCUGGGGUCCAGGCCCUAGUCAGUGCUUAUCCUGCCGCAACUACAGCCGAGGAGGUGUCUGUGUGACCCACUGCAACUUUCUGAAUGGGGAGCCUCGUGAGUUUGCCCAUGAUGCUGAAUGCUUCUCCUGCCACCCAGAAUGCCAGCCCAUGGAGGGCACUGCCACAUGCAAUGGCUCGGGCUCUGAUGCUUGUACCCAAUGUGCCCAUUUUCGAGAUGGGCCCCACUGUGUGAGCAGCUGCCCAAAUGGAGUCUUAGGUGCCAAGGGCCCCAUCUACAAGUACCCAGAUGUUCAGAAUGAAUGUCAGCCCUGCCAUGAGAAUUGCACUCAGGGGUGUAAAGGACCAGAGCUACAAGACUGUUUAGGCCAACCAUUGGAGCUGAUCAGCAAAACCCAUCUGACGAUGGCUUUGAUGGUGAUAGUAGGAUUGGUAGCAAUUUUCCUGAUCUUGGGUGGUACUUUUCUCUAUUGGCGUGGGCGCCAGAUUCAGAAUAAAAGGGCUAUGAGGCGCUACUUGGAACGAGGCGAGAGUAUAGAGCCUCUGGAUCCCAGUGAGAAGGCUAACAAAGUUUUGGCCAGAAUCUUCAAAGAGACAGAGCUGAGGAAGCUUAAAGUGCUUGGUUCAGGUGUCUUUGGAACUGUGCACAAAGGAGUGUGGAUCCCUGAGGGUGAAUCUAUCAAGAUUCCAGUCUGCAUUAAAGUCAUUGAGGACAAGAGUGGACGGCAAAGUUUUCAAGCUGUGACAGAUCAUAUGCUGGCCAUUGGCAGUCUAGACCAUGCCCACAUUGUACGGCUGCUGGGACUAUGCCCAGGAUCAUCUCUGCAGCUGGUCACUCAAUACUUGCCUCUGGGUUCUCUGCUGGAUCAUGUGAGACAACACCGGGGAGCACUAGGGCCACAACUGCUGCUCAACUGGGGAGUGCAGAUUGCAAAGGGUAUGUACUACCUUGAGGAGCAUGGUAUGGUACAUAGGAACCUGGCUGCCCGAAAUGUGCUACUCAAGUCACCUAGUCAGGUUCAGGUAGCAGAUUUCGGUGUGGCUGAUCUGCUGCCACCGGAUGAUAAACAGCUACUACAUAGUGAGGCCAAGACUCCAAUUAAGUGGAUGGCCCUUGAGAGUAUUCACUUUGGGAAAUACACACACCAGAGUGACGUCUGGAGCUAUGGUGUGACAGUUUGGGAGUUGAUGACCUUCGGAGCUGAGCCCUAUGCAGGGCUACGAUUGGCUGAAGUGCCAGACCUGCUAGAGAAAGGGGAACGGUUGGCACAGCCCCAGAUUUGCACCAUUGAUGUCUACAUGGUGAUGGUCAAGUGUUGGAUGAUUGAUGAGAACAUUCGACCAACCUUUAAAGAACUAGCCAAUGAAUUCACCAGGAUGGCCCGAGACCCACCCCGGUAUCUGGUCAUAAAGAGAGAGAGUGGGCCUGGAAUAGCACCUGGGGCAGAGCCCUCUGCUCUGACAGACAAGGAACUGGAAGAAGUAGAGCUGGAGCCAGAACUAGACCUAGACCUAGACUUGGAAGCAGAGGAGGACAAUCUGGCAACCACACUGGGCUCUGCCCUCAGCCUACCCAUUGGAACACUUAAUAGACCACGUGGGAGCCAGAGCCUUUUAAAUCCAUCAUCUGGAUACAUGCCCAUGAACCAGAGCAAUCUUGGGGAAGCUUCCCAGGAUUCUGCAGUUUGUGGAGGUAGUGAAAGAUGUCCCCGUCCAGUCUCUCUGCAUCCAAUACCACGGACACGCCUGGCAUCAGAGUCAUCAGAAGGCCAUGUGACAGGCUCUGAAGCUGAGCUCCAAGAGAAGGUGUCAAUGUGUAGGAGCCGGAGCCGGAGCCGGAGCCGGAGUCCGCGGCCCCGUGGAGACAGUGCCUACCAUUCCCAGCGCCAUAGUCUACUUACUCCUGUCACCCCACUCUCCCCACCAGGGUUAGAGGAAGAGGAUGUCAAUGGUUAUGUCAUGCCAGAUACACACCUCAAAGGUACUCCCUCCUCCCGAGAAGGCACUCUUUCUUCAGUGGGUCGCAGUUCUGUCCUGGGUACUGAAGAAGAAGAUGAAGAGGAGGAGUAUGAAUACAUGAACCGGAGAAGGCACAGUCCACCUCAUCCUCCCCGGCCAAGUUCCCUCGAGGAGCUGGGUUAUGAAUACAUGGAUGUGGGAUCAGACCUCAGUGCCUCCCUGGGUAGCACACAGAGUUGCCCACUCCACCCCGUGCCCAUCAUGCCCACUGCUGGCACAACUCCAGAUGAAGACUAUGAAUAUAUGAAUCGGCGACGUGGUGGAGGUGGUCCUGGGGGGGAAUAUGCAGCCAUGGGGGCCUGCCCAGCAACUGAGCAAGGGUAUGAAGAAAUGAGAGCUUUCCAGGGGCCUAGUAGCCACCAUGCCCCCCAUGUUCAUUAUGCCCGCCUCAAAACUCUACGUAGCCUAGAAGCUACUGACUCUGCCUUUGAUAACCCUGAUUACUGGCAUAGCAGACUUUUCCCCAAGGCUAAUGCCCAGAGAACAUAACCCCUGCUCCCUGAGGUACUCAAGGAGUUUUUGAUGGCAGCUAGUGCCUCUAGAGGGUACCCCUACUUCUCUCUACUUCCUCUUCCUCUUUUACAGGUCUUAGCCCUACUAUGCCAGUCCUAGACAAUUCCACUCAACCUUUGGAGGCUUUUAAACACUUUGACAAAAAAUUCUUGUGAUAUGUAGCCAGCUGUGCACUUUCUUCUCUUUCCCAACACAGGAAAGAAGGUUUAUCCCUGUUUUGUGUGCUUUCUCAAUCUCAUUCCUCAGCCUCCUCACGGGGACUACUGGAGAUAUGAAGGAUUAUUCUCCCUGUCCGUUUAUCUCAGGCUCUGACUUAUUGGGACUAGGUUCAGAAAGAGGAAUGGGAGGAAACCUGGGAGAGGAAAGCAAAAUUUUUACGUAUGACUCCUAAUGUCUUAGAAAGACCAGGAAGCUUAAAAGUUUGUCAAGUGCAGAAAGAGGUUAGGAAUACAUAUUGAUUGCUGUUAAUUGAAUAGUAUGAGCUGGGCAUCAUGUUAAACUUUACCUAUACUAUCUCAUCCUUAAAGCAAUUCUGUGAGAUACAUAUUAUCCCAUUAUGCAGAUAAGGAAAGUGAGCCUUAAAGCGACUAAAUUAAGCAGCAGGUCCAGGACUCAAAAUCUAAUUCCAGUGCACACCUCCUACUAUAAGGUAUCAAGGAAAACUGAUGUAAGUCAGAGCUCUUGUAAAGGUCGUUGUUUUCUUACUUUUGCACUGAAUGAAGACUAACUCCCAAAAACCACAUCUUCCUCCUGUGUCCAGACCUCUCAUCUCAGGAUGUGGUGGGUGGGUGGGUCAAAAUGAAAAAUAACAAAAUACCUUUGGAUAAACCAUAACCUACAUGUGCUAUAAAUGAUCUCCACUCCUUACUCACAAUGGUCCCCAAGAUCCACUUUUAGGAGCUAUUCUCAUCCAGCAGUGAGAAGCUUCCAGAUGGGACAGAAAGAAGACCCAGCUUCAGACCUCUUCAUCCCCCUUGGAUGGAGAACCGGGGGAAAAUGUAUGUUGUAUCAUUGAAGUUUUUUGUUUUGUUUUUAUACAUGUCUGAAUAAAAAUGCAACAGCUUUUUUCAGG